AUGCCUCGCUGCCUCUCAUCAAAGCAGACACCAAUGACAAUGGACCACUCCCUGGAGCACCACCGCGCCUAUCUUGGCAAUUCUGUCUCCCAGCUACCCACGCCGUCCUUUGUAGUUAGCCUCCCCAUCGUGCAGAGGAACAUUGCCAGAUUGCAUCAAGACGUUUCCGAUCUUGGUAUCGGCUUCCGGCCGCAUGUCAAAACACUAAAGACACUUGAAAUCACGCGGUUGAUGCUUGCAAACGGAAGAUAUCGCUCUGUUGUCGCCUCGACCCUGGCAGAGAUCCGUGGAGUUCUCCCUUUGGUCCAAGAGGGUGUUUUGGAUGAGUGUCUCUAUAGCAUGCCUGUCUACCCCGGUGCUUUGCCUGCACUCCAGCAAUUGCGCAAGUCUAUCCACAUACAACUCAUGGUCGAUAACGAGCAGCAAAUCACUUGCCUGGAUAAUUUCCCAACCGAAUCAACACAGCCGUGGGACAUUUUUAUCAAAAUCGAUGUUGGUUCGCACAGAGCCGGCAUACAACCAGAUUCGUCUUUAUUAUGCAGGCUGGUCGCAAAGGCCGAAAAGUCUCACUCUGUCAAUAUUGCUGGCUUUUACUGCCAUGCGGGCCAUUCCUAUGCCGGGCGUUCUCCCGCCGAGGCAGAAAGAACGUUACAAGAUGAGAUCUCGGGAGUCUUGAUCGCAUCGAAACUCUUGCCCGCGACGCGCAAGCUCUGGGUGCAUGUCUAUGUGACCGAGAUAUCCAUCUGCCGAACAAACCCUUCCGCUAACAUGAGCCGUACAGGGAAUUUCCCCGCCAACGAUCUCCAACAAGUUUCAACGGCUGUCAUUUCCGAAUCCGACCAGGCGGUGCGUGUGAUCGCCGAGAUAUGCAGCGUGUAUCCAGAUCGCAACGAGGCUCUCAUAAACGCAGGCGUCGUUGCCUUAUCCAGAGAUACCAGCGCAUUUCCUGGCUUCGGAUAUGUCGUGGGGAGGCCUGAGUGGAACGUGGUUCGGCUAUCCCAGGAGCACGGAAUACUAGGUACGACGCAGCCUAAGAGCACAGCUGAUGAGGCUUUUGCAGUUGGACAGCGCGUAAGUCUGUACUGCAAUCAUGCCUGCAUUACAGCGGCAGCUUUCUAUGUUUAUUAUAUUGUCGAUGAGGAUGAUGUAGUGAUCGAUUGCUGGGUUCCUUGGAAGGGCUGGUAA